GCUUGGAAUUACGGCUCUGACAACAGAGUACUCACCCCUGGGACUGAACCAGAGCUGUUGGACACCACUGAGGCCAUUGGACACUUCUUUUCAGGGCUGGCGCAAAUUACUGGUGGCAGCAGUGAGAUCUCAGCUCCCAAGAAUGAGAAACCUCCAUCCCUGAAGACCCCAGCCCUGGGUUUCAUGUUGCUCUGAGCCUCUGCCCUCACCCCGGCUGGACCUGCCCACAAUGGCCCUGUGUCUCAAGCAAGUCUUCAACAAAGACAAAACAUUCCGUCCCCGAAAGAAGUUUGAGCCGGGCACGCAACGCUUUGAGCUGUACAAGAAAGCCCAGGCCUCUCUCAAGUCUGGGCUGGACCUGAAGGCAGUGGUGCAGCUGCCUCCUGGCGAGAGCAUCAACGACUGGAUCGCCGUGCACGUGGUGGACUUCUUCAACCGCAUCAACCUCAUCUACGGCACCAUGUCGGAAUACUGCACCGAGAGGAGCUGUCCCAUCAUGUCCGGGGGGCUCAAGUACGAGUACAGGUGGCAGGAUGACAGCAAGUACAAGAAGCCGACCAAGCUGUCGGCCCCACAGUACAUGUGCAUGUUGAUGGACUGGAUCGAGACGCUCAUUAACAAUGAGGACAUCUUCCCCACCAGGAUAGGUGUUCCCUUCCCCAAGCAGUUCCAGCAAGUUUGCACCAAGAUCCUCACCCGCCUCUUCCGUGUCUUUGUCCAUGUCUACAUCCACCACUUUGACAGCAUCAUCAACAUGGGUGCUGAGGCUCACGUCAACACCUGCUACAAGCACUUCUACUAUUUCAUCAGGGAGUUCAGCCUCAUUGACCACCGGGAGCUGGAGCCUUUGAAAGAAAUGACAGAACGAAUUUGCCACUGAAGUCUUCUGGCAGAUGAACUCAGCUGGCUCACUCAGAGUCCAGUGGGACAAGACACCCUGUGGUGGGAGACCUCCUCCCUAGGACCUGCUCACUGACCUAUGAACACUGCAGAAGACCCUCUUCAGGCCAGGGCUGAAUCCUAAGUUUUCCAAGAACUUCAGGGCAGAUUUUUCUUCUUUUAAUCCCAAUCUCUGUUGUAUGGUUCCUGUUUUAGAAAGCCACUGACUUAAUGGAGAAUGAGGCAAGUCUGGUUUACUUUUAAAAGGUUUACUUUUGCACACUCUGAUUUCUAAGACUCAAUCCCAUGUCUGACAUCAGAUUUUCAGCGACCUUCCCUCUUGUUUUGUCCUCAGCUAUACUGAUCUCCAAACAUUCUGUUAGCAAUUCCUGCCCUGUGAGCAGGUGUGACCUUGGCCACCAAGUAAUGCCUGUUACCUUUCCCACAGGCAGUGUGUUUAUGGUAACACCUGAGAUCAGCCCUGCAAAGCUGAUGGCAUUUCAUCCCACUGCCUUCACAUAGUUAGUUGUUGAUGUGCUGUUUUUAACCAUGAGCUAUGAAUGUCUCCUUCUGCCCUAAUUCAUGGUUUAGCAAAGGGACCGUUUUUCCCUUUGAGGGAUUUUUCACAUUUGGAAGAGGGGGAACUUGAUGAUGUUCUAAGAUGCCUCCAAUACUGCCUGGGCUAAUGGGAAGUGGUCCCAUGACUGAGGAAGUGAACUAGGUCACUAUUCAGUGUGAUCAGCACAGUCUACCUGAGAAAGUCUCAAAAACUGGU